GGUACAUGAUUUGUGUUGCACACAGUAACUUACAGGAUGCAGGUUGCGAGUUAAGCACACAAAAAGAUGUAUUUGUAAGCAGCUUUUCUGAGACUGACUUUAAAUUUAAUUUAUUUAGCGUUGGGAAAGAUUUCUGUCUUUUGAAUCCCUUUCCAGCAGAUAAUUCUGACUUUUUGCGGUUUUUAUGGAGGAGAGUCCAGGUGCUUCUGGACCUGGAGCUGACAGAGCAGGAGGAGGACACUGUCAGGAUGAGGAGGUGAAAAAGGAGAUCCUGACAGAUGAGGAAGCUGCAGUUGCAGAUGAGGAAGAAGAUGAAGAUGAAGAUGCUCUCCCACAUUCAGAGAUUUUGGAUAUUUUCGAGGAGGGACUUGCUCGACUUGUGCAGGACCCUUUACUGUGUGACCUGCCAAUCCAGGUGACACUGGAAGAGGUGAAUUCUCAGAUUGCUUUGGAGUAUGGCCAGGCAAUGACAGUGAAGGUUGUAAAGGCAGAUGGUGAAAUAAUGCCCAUAGUUGUGGUUCAGAACGCGACCGUCCUCGACCUGAAGAAGGCCAUUCGCAGGUUUAUGGAGCUGAAACAGCAACGAGAGGGUGGAGUAAAACAUAUCAGCUGGAGAUAUGUUUGGAGAACUUUUCAUUUGAUAUUUCAGGGCGAGAAGCUUGAAGACGACAUGAUGAGGCUUAAAAACUAUGGGAUCAGAAACAGAGACGAGGUGACGUUCAUGAAGAAACUGAGGAAAAAGUGACGCCGCCGGAGGAGAACAUGUCUUCCUACAGAGUCUAACAGUUUUAUAGAUUUGACAAGGACUUUUAGUUCUAAUAAACUGAUUUUUUUGUUACUUUGAA